AUGCCGCCGUCGGCUACCACUACCGACGCUAAGCGACCGCUGGCACUGGCUGUCGUACUGUUUUGUAUGAUAUUCGUCCUUCUCUACAUACUUAUCACGUUCCCGCGAUCUUUGGUAUCGGAACUGUCGUCCACGACGCCCACAGCGCCGUCAACCUUGUCUACACUUGCUGAUGAGGCCGUAAGGCUCAUUGAUGAUCCGUACAGAUUCGCUGGUCAGCCAUUUCACAGACAUCAUAUUCCUGACAUUGUGCGACCUUCGCUCUAUCAGAUUCGGCUGAAACUCUAUCUGCCAUGGCGCCCGUGA